ACACGUCCCUGGUUCCAUUCAGUUCAGUGUUGACCGUGCUUCAGAACGGCAAAAUUUGUUUAAGAAAAUACCUACAAGAGACAGCAGUGGCACACAGUUAUAUCGGAAUAAGGAAUUCCAUAUAACCCAUUGGGAUUAACGGUGCAAAAGGUUAAUUGUGCAAAGUGAACAAAGAAAAUGUCGGCUGCAACAGAGACAGUGCAAGAGGCCAUUACGCAGGCAUCGGCCAGCGGUGGUUUGGGCGCCUUGUGGACUUCGUUGAUUGGUGUAGUGUUGAUUGCGGCCUUGUACGAGUACUGGCGUCGCAGUUCGCGCGAAUUUCGUAUGACGAAGAAUAUACCCAGUCCACCAGAGCUGCCCGUUUUGGGUAAUGCUCAUUUGGUGUUGGGUUGUUCGAAUGCAGAAAUUGUCGCCAAGGGUAAUACCUACUUGGAACAGUAUGGUGAAACAUUACGUGCUGCGUUGGGUCAUGUGCUGCUGAUAUUCCUCACAAAUCCCAAUGAUAUUGAGAUCAUCUUGAGCAGCAAUAAUCAUUUGGAUAAAUCUGAAGAGUACCGUUACUUCAAACCAUGGUUCGGCGAUGGUCUGCUCAUUAGCAGCGGUAAUCACUGGCGUCACCAUCGCAAAAUGAUUGCACCGACUUUCCAUCAGAGCAUUUUGAAGAGCUUUGUGCCGACUUUUGUGCAACACUCCAAAAAUGUUGUGGAACGUAUGGCUAAAGAAGUAGGUAAGGAAUUUGAUAUUCACGAUUAUAUGUCACAAACCACUGUGGAGAUCUUGCUCAGCACCGCUAUGGGUGUAAAGAAGAUACCGGAAGGUAAUAAGAGUUUCGAAUAUGCCAAGGCCGUCGUAGAUAUGUGUGAUAUCAUACACAAGCGACAAGUGAAAGUGUUGUAUCGUUUGGACUCCAUUUACAAUAUGACGAAAAUGCGUCAAAAGGGCGAUAAGAUGAUGAACAUUAUCUUGGGCAUGACCAAGCGUGUCGUCAUGGAUCGCAAGGCUAACUACAAUGCGGAGGGUAAUGCUAUUGUUGAAGAGGUCGAUGAGACGGCAAAGAAAGCGGCGGCUAAAAAGGUCGGUGGACUGCGUGACGAUUUGGAUGAUAUCGACGAGAAUGAUGUGGGCGCUAAACGUCGGCUGGCACUGUUGGACGCCAUGGUAGAGAUGGCUAAGAAUCCCGAGAUCGAGUGGAACGAGAAGGAUAUUAUGGAUGAGGUGAACACGAUUAUGUUUGAGGGUCACGAUACCACUUCUGCUGGUUCCAGCUUUGCGCUCUGCAUGAUGGGCAUGCAUAAAGAUGUGCAAGAGAAGGUCUUAGCCGAGCAAAAGGCCAUCUUUGGCGAUAACUUCUUGCGUGACUGCACCUUUAACGAUACCAUGGAGAUGAAAUAUUUGGAACGUGUCAUUAUGGAGACACUACGUAUGUACCCACCAGUACCGUUGAUUGCACGUCGCGUCGACAGCGAUGUAAAAUUGGCAUCUGGUCCUUAUGUUGUGCCAAAGGGCACUACUGUGGUCGUACUGCAAUAUCGCGUACACCGACGUCCCGACAUUUAUGCCAAUCCUGACAAGUUCGAUCCCGACAACUUCUUGCCCGAACGCAUGGCCAAACGUCACUACUACAGUUUCAUUCCGUUCAGCGCCGGUCCACGUAGUUGCGUCGGUCGUAAGUACGCCAUGUUGAAGCUGAAGGUGUUGCUCUCCACCAUCAUUCGUAAUUACACGAUACACUGCAAUGAGACCGAGGCGGAUUGGAAGUUGCAGGCCGAUAUUAUUUUGAAAUUGGAGAACGGUUUCAAUGUAGUGCUGCAGAAACGUCAACCGGUUGUGGCGACUAGGCAAACAGUUCUUCGCAGUAGAGGCAGAAGUGCAGUAGCUAAGAGCACUAUGGACUACAUAAACGCAACGACAACACAACAUAUUACUGGAACAAAGGCGCACAUCCUGUCGAGUCCUUUUUAUAUUAGUUUGAUUGGCGCAUUGUUGGCGUUAGUGCUAUAUGAUAUUUGGUUUCGCAAUACCGAUGCUUAUAAGAAGCUGAAAAGUAUACCUGGACCGCCGGUACUGCCGUUGGUUGGCAAUGCGCAUUUGGUGUUGGGCCUUACACCUACCGAAAUGGUAGUGAAAGCACUAAUAUACUUGAAAUACUAUGGUGAGACAGUUCGAGGUUGUUUUUUCAAUUUAAUGGUAGUCUUCCUGACAAAUCCCGCGGACUUUGAAAUCAUACUCAACAGCUCCGUACAUUUGGAAAAGUCCAAUGAGUACAGAUUCUUUCAACCAUGGUUCGGUGAUGGUCUACUCAUUAGCAAGGGCGACCAUUGGCGUCUACAUCGCAAAAUGAUCGUACCUACUUUCCAUCAAAGCAUAUUGAAGAGUUUCGUGCCGACUUUUGUGCAACACUCGAAAAAAAUCGCCAACAGAUUAGAAACAAAAUAUUUGGGACGUGAGUUCGAUGUGCACGAACAUAUGAGUCAGACUACGGUGGAGAUACUGCUUAGCACUGCGAUGGGCAUGAGACAGUUACCCCCUGGCAGGGAAUGUGCUAGAUAUGCAGAAGCAGUGCUGGAAAUGUGCGAUAUCAUACAGAAGCGCCAAGUCAAGGCGCAUUAUCGCUUCGAUUUCGUUUAUCAAUGGACACAACUGCGUCAGCGAUGCGAUAAAAUGAUGAACAUUAUCUUGGCGUUAACGAGGCGUGUCAUCACGGAGCGGCGUGAAAAUUUCAAUAUGGAAACAGAUGGCGUGUUGGAUCAACAGGAUGGAGUAAAUGCGCAGGCGAGCAUUAGGAAGAAGGAAGGACUGCGUGACGAUUUGGAUGAAAUCGAUGAAGAGAGUGAUGUGGGUGCUAAGCGUCGUUUGGCUUUCUUAGAUGCGAUGGUGGAGAUGACGAAGAAUCCGGAUAUUGCGUGGACGGAGAAGGAUGUAAUGGAUGAAGUAAACACGAUUAUGUUUGAGGGUCACGAUACCACCUCAGCCGGUUCCAGUUUCGUGCUCUCUCUGCUCGGCAUACAUAAAGAUGUGCAAGCACGAGUUUACGAGGAACAAAAACAAAUAUUCGCCGAUGACAUAGAGCGCGAUUGCACCUUUGCCGACACACUAGAAAUGCAGUAUUUGGAGCGUGUGAUUAAAGAGACGCUACGUCUCUACCCACCAGUACCGGUAAUAGGGCGUAAAGUGAAUGAAGACGUACGACUGGCCUCCGGACCAUACACUAUACCUAAGGGUACAACCGUUGUGCUGGCUAACUAUGCUGUACAUCGGCGACCUGAUUGUUAUGAGAAUCCGGAUAAGUUCGAUCCGGAUAACUUUUUGCCCGAAAAAAUGUCGAAACGCCACUACUACAGUUAUGUACCCUUCAGUGCGGGUCCACGCAGUUGUGUUGGACGUAAAUAUGCCAUGCUAAUGCUUAAAGUUUUACUAUCGACGCUGUUGCGUAAAUUUGAAAUACACUCGAAUGUGGAUGAGACACAAUUUCAAUUGCAAGGUGAUAUUAUUUUGAAAUUAGCUAAUGGCUUCAAGGUGGUGCUGACUAGACGUGAGGUGUAAAGAGCGCAAAUAGAAAGGUUUUAAUUUAUUGCCAACUUUAUAAAUAAUCAUAUCGACCUUAGUUGUCUUUGAAUUGUAUAUAAAUAUGGUUUGCA